AUGCGUCUGGCACCCCUUCUCGCGGCCUGUCUCUGGCCCAUCACCUGUGUUGCUACGUCGCCACCCAGCCCAGACAAUGGCACUCCACAGGGGAAUCGUGGUGAACCUCGCGAGCCUUUCCCUAUUGCAUCCGGUCAUGAGAUCCAUCUUCCAUGUCGCACGUCGUCAAUCUGCGGAAGCAACCUUAAUGAGAACUCCAGAUCAGACGAAUACCUUGCAUUGGCACUCUCCACGGAGAAAGACUCGCUGUUGGCAAACGGCAACACCAUUCUACCAGCUCGCCUCCCGAUGCGUCUAACCGCUAUCAAACACUCGAGAUCAGACAAGUCAAUCUCCGAAACCCUGACGCUACGCUACGGGAUGAACAUACUCCCCGUCCAGCGAUUCCAGACCGGCCAAAUAGCCGACCAGUUUCGCCUGGAUAUCAUCCUGUUCGACGAGUCCGGACAUCCAACGGAUAUCAACAUGAUCUCCAUUGGGCUCUCCCGCGAUGCCCAAGACACUCUUAGAAUCACAAUGAUCACGAUAAAUCCGAGUCCCGAACCCUCAAACUGCCAAGGCAAUGAUAGAGACUCAACGCCUUCGGACCCAUCACCCCCGACAAAACAUGCGGAUCGGAGCCAUACACCCGAGUCCAGGCCCCAGCUUCACAAAUGGCUCGAUGCUGGUCGGAGAUUCGGCGGGAAGUCUUACGGAUCGUUCACGUCGGCGUUUAAGCCACGGCCUUGUAAGGAACAUUGUUCCGACCGGUACUCGUAUCUGCGGAACAGCAACGGACAUCAUCGGACGCCUAUAGUGGAUAUCCUGCGUGUGUUCUACCCAGCUAUCCUCCCGUUCGUCCUUGGGGUCGUCGCGGGGGGUGCCAUUUGUCUUAUUGGGGUUAUGGUGCGCAGGUCUGCGGCUUACUGGUCUUGUGAGAAGGAGGGUGAAGGGGGACAAGAAGGUGCUGGUGAUCGGAAUGAAGGGGGGACUGCAGUAGCCAAGUCGUAG